UUUAGUGUGCUUCUCUAUGCACAUAAAGUGGUUUCAGAGAUCAUUGCAGUGCUGUUUAUUCUUUUAGGGAGCGAGAAAAUGGUUCGAUACGCCACAGAACCAGAUAAUCCAACAAAAUCGGCCAAGGCCAGGGGAUCUUAUCUCCGUGUUCACUUUAAGAACACAAGAGAAACUGCACAGGCCAUCAAACGUAUGCAUGUUAAGAGGGCCACAAAAUACCUCAAGAAUGUGAUGGCAAAGAAAGAAGUGGUUCCCUUCCGUAGAUUUAGUGGAGGAGUGGGACGAUGUGCACAGGCUAAAGCCUUUAAGCAUUCCCAAGGUCGCUGGCCAAAGAAGAGUGCUGAAUUCUUAUUGCAGCUUUUGAAGAAUGCUGAGAGCAAUGCAGAGUACAAGGGAUUGGAUACUGAUCACUUGGUUAUUGAACACAUCAUGGUGAAUGCUGCACCCAAGAUGAGAAGAAGGACAUACCGUGCUCAUGGUCGAAUUAACCCUUACAUGAGCAGUCCCUGCCACAUUGAGCUGAUCCUGGCUGAGCGUGAACAAGCCGUGCCAAGACCAGGUACCACUGAGGAUGAACCAGUCAAGAAGAAGGUCUCCCAGAAAAAACUCAAGAGACAGAAAAUGAUGAUGAGGGACUAAAUAAAUUAUUAUUGACUGGUA